CCUACAUAAGAGACAACCACAAUACACAUACAAAAGCACAUGUUGUGUUAGCUUAAGUGCCAUAGUGGUUUAGCAUAUCUAAUUCUUCAUAAUACCGACAUCUACCAUGAAUUCGCUCUGCAGGUGGGAGAUACUCCUUAUUAGCGUAUGGAUUGUGCCUGGGAUACAUUGCAAGAAUGGGACUGUCAAUCUUCUCUCAAGGGAAGAUAUUAGGCUCUUGAAGGAUGUGCCGGAUCCCAAAUGUUUCACCCGCACAGAAAAGGAUUUCACCUGCUUCUUUGAGACUGCAGACAAAAUGACCUAUGAUUUGUUCUACAGAAUUCGGACAGAGGAAAGGUGCAGCAUGUCUGUCCAGAGAACAGAAGAGGGCACUUUCCUCCACAUCUGCUCAUUUCCUAGCUCAGAUGUUCUUCUGUUUGUGGGUAUACACCUUAAAGUGGUGGAGCGCAACACCAACACCACCCUCUACGAACGGGACGUCAGUGUGGAGGACAACUUUCUCCUGGACCCCCCCUUCAAUGUGUCCGUACACCAUAAUGACCAAGCAGGACAGCUGCGGGUUUCAUGGACCUCAAACAAAUCGCGAUACUGGAAAAAUUAUGUGAGCUAUCGGAUUCAAUACUCCUCCAAGGGGCUGGGAGAGAAGAUAAAAGAGCCAAAGGAGGACUACUACAUACUAGACUCUCUGGUACCAGGGGAGGAGGUUAAGAUCCAGCUCAGGGUCAAACGUGCCAGCAAUUUAGGUGCAGGACACUGGAGCAGCUGGUCACACCCUAUGCGAGCCAUGGUUCCCCAAAGUGCAGAUGAUAUUUCACUAACGUGCUACACCUCUGACCUGCAAACCCUCACCUGUCAGUGGAAUGGGAGCAGAUAUAAUGAAGAGAAACUUUUCUACAAGAUGGGUCUCAGUGAAACUUUGGGCUGGACAGAGUGGACCGAGUGUCUCCCUGACAGGGACAUGACUGACCUUUGCCGUUUCCAAGGAGAUAAGUCCAGUAAAGUCAGGGUCAAGCUCAGCAGCACUCCACUCAGCAGAACUCUACUCAGCAGAACCUUCUAUAGUCCAGAGUUCAUGCUCAACAACAGCAUCAAAACAUCUCCACCAAGGCAUCUCAGAGGAACACUGAAGAAAAAUAAGUUGUGCUUGGAAUGGAAAGCUCCACUUCCGUCUCUGUCGGCUCACCUGCAGUAUGAAGUUGGCUACCAGAUCAGAGGGGAGGAAACAUGGAUGAUGGUAUCCCUGAAGAAUCAGAGUGGCACUUGUCUAGAGGUUCCAACGGGCAGACAGUACAACGUUAAGUGCAGAGCUAAACUUAUCAGCUCCAUUUACUGGAGUGACUGGUCAGAUGUGCUUACUGGUGACACCCCCACUGACAGUGGCAUAUGGCUCAUGCUGUGUAUCCCUGUCUUGAUGCUGAUAAUGGUUAUUAUCCUCAUCGCCUUGUUUCCCACGUGUCUCAGUGAGCUCAAGCUGUACAUUUGGCCACCAGUGCCCAACCUUGACAAAGUCCUACAAGGCUUUCUGACAGAGCUCAAUGGGCCGAGAUGGGAUCCUCCAUCAACAGCAAAGCAGUGCUUUGAGGAAACCACUUCAUCUGUGCUGGAGAUAAUCUCUCCUCAUGAUGAUGAGGUUUCAGGAUUGGGGAAGCCAUCAGAGACUUCCACCCCGCUCCUGUCACCAGGCAGAAGCUUCUCCAGCACAGAACAGGUAGAUGGAAGUCCUGGAACUGGACACUUUCCAGACUAUGUGACUCUGAACAGAGACAGUGUCAUCCUUUGCCCAAAAGGGAACAUGUAUGUCUACGAGCAGGUUGGAGAGAAAGAAGACCCACCGGUGAAGGAAGAGCUCAUCAAAAAAUGUCACUCUUCCUGCACUAAUGGCUCAGUCUGUACUCCACCCUGCUCAGGCACCGACUUCCUCAACCAUUCCUACUUACUUCUGGCUAAGUCUGCAGAGAAAUUCGACUGCAAGGUCACUGCUGCAAGGGAGCCAGGCAACCUUUAUACCAAUUUCCCCUGUAGCUAAAUGUACUUUGUUUCCACUGGUGCAUAUUUGUUGUAUAACAUGCAACUCUCUUUUUGAUACAUUAACUCACUGUAAAUUCAUAGAUGUACACAUCCAAGUUCACUGCAUUGCUCCUGCUGUGGAUAAAGCUUUGAUAGCAAUAAAAACCAUGUGUUCAUAGUGUAAUGGGGGGGUUAUUUUUGAUUAUGGCUCUUGAUGCAGUCUUUUGUAGCUGAAAUGCCAUUAAGAUUUGAAGAUUAGAUUAGAUUUCAAGAAUAUCUAUUAUCUAAUAUCUAUAUCUAUCUGGCUCAAAUGCUGUUGAAGAUAUUUGGGCAUGAUAUAUUAUAUAUUAGUUUAUCUAUUGCUGUAUCUUUUUAUGUCCACCAGAGGGAAGAGUAGAUCACAAGAUACUUCAUGAGACUGCAAGAAAAGACCACACUGUGUUUUUAGUGGUUAAGAAAACUGUAUAAGAACACUGUUAACAAUAUCUGGUACUGCUGUAUGCUUAGAAUACCUUGGAUAAGAAAAGUUUUUUAAAAAAAAAAAAGAAGAAAAACAAUGUAAAAAAGAAGGUGCCAUUAGGGAUUGGGACUAUUCCACAAGGGUUCAGUUUAGAUUUGCACAUUUCUUUUUAUUAAGCAUUAGAAUGUCACUUCCUUUGUAUAUUUUCUUAUUUUUUUUUCCUUUGCCUUGCCAUUGUUUAUUGUUAUAUACUCAUUAACUCAUGUAUAUUGUACAUAUUUCUUGUGGGUAAAAAGUCUAAAAAGUUUUGGAGGACAUUUAUGUGACAUGUAACCAAAACUAAAAAAAACAAAACUGUAAAAGCCGAGAUAAGCUUUUAGUUCAUCGUGCAUUACAUUGUAACAUGAGGGUUUGUAUUCUUGCCAAUAAACAUUGAGCUGUUUUUC